UCAAUGAUUUUCUUUGACAACGCCUCGAAGCUAAUUGAUCCAUCCAUGUCGACUAACUUCUCCAAGCAUGGCAUUACCAGGUGAAUACCCCUACACUCGCCUAGCUCAGCAUGGGCAGAACCAUCCGGAGGAUGACUGGGAAUCUUCCGACUCUGAUUCUCCUCCUCACUUGGCCUCUCGGGGAUUGAAUAUGCCGUCAACGCCGGUGCGAGCCGGCUACUCAGCAAAUUCCAAUGUUUCUGUCUAUUCUUCAAGACAACCUCGGCGACAAGGACCCCGCCGACGGGUAGAUGCUCGACCAGUCACCCCCCGACGGAGUCGGCUAGCCCCUCGCGCACCCGAACGUAAUGCUGCGGCCUUUGGCACUUCCCUCUCCUACAUUCUCACACCUGUCCGUCUAAUGCUUUACCCUAUCCAAAUGAUAUGCUUCCCCUUCUUCGCACACUUGAUCAACGUUCUCAUACUCGUUGCCCUCGCCACCCUAGCUGGGUAUGUGAUUAUACCCCGUUUUCCGGGCUGGAUUACAAGUCUCCUCUCCCGUAUAAUGAGCUAUGUUUUUAAGUCUUCAUUUUUUGAUAUACGGGGGCUUGGGGACUUAAGCAAGGAUGUCAUGGAUUUCUCCGCACGUGCACUUGCCACACCUUCGUGUACCCUAACUGGCCUUUUCUGCGCCCACUCCCUCUUCACUACUUCCCACUCCUCAACCACCACUCAGGAAGCUCCUGACAAUAUCGGAGCGAUGGCCAGUCCGUUUUGGAAAUGGCUCACCCCUCAGCCAAAAGAGGAGAUUGAUAUAGGCCUAGUGGCUCAAGGACUGACGAAAAGAGUUAAAUGGGCCAGGAAUAUAUUUGAUAGCGUGAAACUGUUGGGAGAAGAGCAUGUUAUUGAUCCUCUGGAUCCCGUCAGGAUAUGGCAGAUAGGAGCGAUGAUGACGUAUGGGACGCAGCAGGAUAUGGGGGUUGGCGAGCAGGUCAUAAAGCUGGGUGACUACUCGCGUGACUUGAUGGAUCAACUUUCAUUCAUCGACUCUACUAGCGUCGACAAGUUUAGCUGGAUUCAAUGGGAGUUUUCCCGUCUACUCCUCUCUCUCUCCUCCGCCCAUCCCCCAUCGCCAUCACAGCUCUCCAAAACCCUACACCACCUCCUACAUCGCAUUACUUCCACCCUCGAUACCCUUCACUCUCUCACUUCUCAGUCUACCAUCCAUGCCACCCGUGCAUCCGCCCUAGGAAGGGAAGUAUGGCUCAAAUUACAAUCCCUCCAGCGCGAUCACCAGAUGGAGCUUGAUGAGGCCCCAGCUUGGAGCCGGGGUGCCCUAGGAGAGGCUGUUAGUCGUGGGAAACGCGCACUGGUCGGAGGCCCUCUGAGUAGAGGGGAAAUAAUGAAAAGGGAUUUGAUGGUAACGCAAGAGACCAUAAGGACAAUAAGUAGCCUGGUGAGAGCCUUGGAGAAUACGAGGCGGACCAUUAUGGGGUUUAGGGAUCAGAUAGGGAUGUUUGAUGCGUCGAUGAUGGGGUUUCACUUAGCAGCGGGUGCAGAAGAGGAGGAAGGCGGUUUGGGAUUAGGGCCGGAAGAAGAACUGAGGAUUUUGGGGGAGGUCAUUAAUGGGUUUGGGACGGCUGUCGGACAAGAAAAGUUACGCUGGGAGAUAGGAGAUGUGUACCGAGGAGGGACAGAGUUUUUGGAGAUUGCCAAAUGAUAAAAGUUAGUUGUGCAUAAAGAUGAACACCUGGUUCGAUGAAUUUCGG